UUGUGUUUUUGUGUGUGUGCUGGAACGUGUAGCUCUUUUUUUUGUUUACUAAAGAGCGAAAAGUUGAAAGCAUUGCAGGAUGUGGGUACAAGAUGAGGAUGAGGACACUGCGGCUGCAGACUCGGAUGAAGAGUGUGCUUUCUCCUCUGAAGAUGAGGAAGACCUUCAGUGGCACAUCCUGGAGAAGCAGAGGGACGAAGCCAAUCACAGGCUGUCGGAGUUGGAGGAAGCUUCCAAUCAGCUCCUGAAAGAGAUCAACGUGCUGGAGAUCCAGUUCCAGAUAGAGCGCUCCUGCAGGGAGAGCGCUGAGGCACUGGCUCUCAAAGUGACCAAAGAGAACAAAGUCCUGAAGAGAAAGAGCCAGAUGUUGAUGCCACUCAUCGCUGAACUACCUGAAAACCUGCCUGAUGUGACCUUUGACCCUGCGGUUAAUGGUGACGAGGUGGAUGGUGACGAGGUGGAUGGUGACAAGGUGGAUGGUGCCGGAGGGAGCAGCAGCGAGGAGAUGCUGCUGCUUGAGAGUCAAGCCAAGAUCACAGAGCUGCAGGCGUCUGUUGACGGUCUGCUGGCUGAGAAGCUUAAACUGGAGCAACAAGUGGAGGAUCUGACCAGUGAGCAGACGCAGCUCAGAGAGCAGCUUGCUCUGGAGGUUGCAGAGAAGGAGGCCAUUCUGAGGAAACUGAACAAACAAAGCAAGACUGUAAAUAAACUCAAACGAGUGUCCCAGCUUGUCACCGAUGAGUUCACAGAAAUGUCUCAGAAGCUGGAGCUGGAGCAGGGCCUCCGGCAACACGCUGAAGUCUUAGCCACCCAGAUGAUCCUGGAGCAGAAGGCGGCCCAGGCCUCAGAGACAGACCUGAAAAUGCAGGUGCAGCUGGAGCAGGCACUGCAACAGAUAUCCCAACUUAGCACAGCCCUGUGUGACAUACAACUCUACUACCAGGACCGGUUAAAACAGAGCCAGAGUGCUGUGGAGGAGAGCAGUGCCCUCUCUGAGCUGCAGAACCUGAGAGAGCAGCUGGAGAAGAGCGAGGAGGAGAGGAAGACUUUAGAAACUCAGCUAUCUGACGCUAACAGCUUGGUCGCCCGGCUCCAGGAAGAAGUGAAAGAGUUACAACAGACACUCAACAGCGAUGAUAAAAGUGAUGAACCAGGAGAGAAAGCCAUUCCUGACUUCGUUCCACUGUCUCCUCUCCCUCCUCCGCCUCCUCCACCUCCUCCGCCUCCCACUACUGUUACCAACUUUAAGGAUUUCCUGAAGAGCAGGAAGAAACAUGGUGCCAAGGCUGCUGAUGAUUUAAACAAAGCAGCUCCCUUGUUGGACAUGAAGGCAAGAGCAGUGGAUGAAAUGAUGGAGAGAAUAAAGAAAGGCAUCGUCCUGAGACCUAUGAAGAGAAUACAGGAGGACGACAGUUCCUGGAAGGACCAGAAAAGUGACAACAGAAAGUCAGCCAUCCUGGAGUUGAAAGGAAUGCUGGACAACAUGAAGCGUCAGCACCUCCGCAGAGUGCCAUCCAGGAGGGGAACUGGCCGAAAUGUGGGCGAAGCAGAGCUCCUGAUGGUGCUCCAGAGGAGGAGGAGAGCAAUGGGAGACAAUCAGGAACCACCACCCUCAAAUCAACCACAGGAUGUCCAACCAGGUUUGCCGUGUGUUCCAGUGGCAGGCGACGCUCCCUGGGCAGGUGAGAGCGGCAGCGCCCCUGUGCUCCGGAGGCUGAAGCAGAACCGAGAGAAGAGAGACUCUCGCAUCAGAGCAUCAGCACUGUUCAUCAGUCACCAAGCCUGACAGCUGUGAGAGGAGGACAUGCUGGUUGCUAUUAUUAUUAUUAUUAUUAUUAUUAUUGUUAUUAUGAUACUGCAGGUUUAUAUGACAAUAGACCAAAGAUGAUUGAGCAAACUACGCAUGUUUGACUUUAAAAGAAUCCAUUUUAUCUUUACAUCUUUCGGUAUUUAAAUGCACUGCCUCCUUGAUGUCUUACAACAAACCAGCACUGCCUGACUUGCCUUGAAAAUUUUAAAUAAAAACUUUAGCUGUCAGCUCUCUAUCCGACAGCA